GCCUCGUCUCUGCAAACUCUUGUCUGUUUUCAGGGAAACGGAGAACUUCAGAGAUUCAUCAUGAGACGGCUUACUUUCCUUCUGUCACUUUCUUCUGUAUGUUUCUUCACUCUGAGUGAAGUAGAUAAUACUUUUAGUCAAUGCAGCAAGUUCUUCUUCCAGGGCACACCUCCUAUCUUCACAUCACCAGCUGGUGUUUCUGUCCGGCCCAUCUGUCAGUGUCUUUGGGAUGACAGUGAUCAGAAGAUAUUUCUUUAUGCUACUUUGUACAGCACGACCUGGAAGAUCCCCGUCUACUCAGCGUAUGUGUUUGGCAGCCCGAAUAUUGGGAGAUGUGACACCUGGUACAUUGAACCUCAGCUGGAUGGAGAUUCUGAGCCAUGCAUGAGGCCUAAGGGUUAUGGUAAAAAUAUAGGCACUAAUCAGGCUGUGAAUAGCGACUAUGAGAGCUCUGGCUAUGACAAAGGCCACCUGUAUCCUGUGCUCCACACCGAUAAUCAUCUAUCAAUGCUGGCCACAUCCACACUGACCAACGCAGCUCCGCAGAACAGAUGUUUCAACCGGGUAACCUGGCUGGACCACGAAGAAGCUGUAGCUAAAGAGCUGAAAUUAUGUGAUUUAGCGUAUGUGGUGACUGGCGUAGUUCCUGACAUGCAAACAGCUAAACUGAGAAACAGAGUGACUGUGUCAAAGCACUACUGGAGAGCCACCUGCUGCAUAAAGAACAACCAGUACACAGUGAAGGGCUACUUCGGACCGGACAACAACGACAAAGUCCAGCAGUUAACUAUAAAUCUCCAAAUCUUUCUCAGUCAGUUUUACCAAAUUAACAUUUUUCCAACUAUACCAUAGCUAUAUCAUACUAUCCAACUAUACCAUAGCUAUAUAUAU